GUAGAGUACCGCCCAUAGGACUACUCUUAUUCUGUUCCAUUUGAUGGUAGAGAUGGACUAUGAUCCAAGAUGAUGAAAUACAUACAUAGUAGCUGUGUGACUUUCUCUCCUAUGUCAGUAUCAUCACUCGUUCACAGCAGUGGACCCCUCCCUGGGACCCCUCCUUCUCUCUGUCUGUUUGGAGGAAGAAGAGAAGAGGCUGAGAGUAAUACUGAGAAUGAGGGAAUGCUCUAUGCAUGGGGUUUUCUCUGUGUCUCUGUUCCCAAACAUCCCGUCUGCUGUGGAGCUGGCCAAGAUGCUAUGCGACAGUGUGACUGUGCCCAGAUUUGAUGUGGUCAGUUACCUCAAGGCACCAGAUCUUAUAACAGCAUUUGAUGAACACAGAGUGUCUUCGAAUUUCAAGUUUGGUGUCUUGUAUCAGAGAGAGGGACAGUUGACAGAGGAGGACAUACUCUGUAACAAUGAGGAAAGUGAAGAGUUUCAAGAAUUCCUCUCUAUUUUGGGAGCUACAGUCGCACUUCAAGGGUUCACUGGGUUUAGAGGAGGUUUGGACGUGUGUCACGGCCAGACAGGAAGUGAUGCGGUCUUCACUUCCUUCCACAGCAGAGAGAUCAUGUUCCAUGUGUCCACCAAACUGCCCGUCACAGAGGGCGAUACACAACAGCUACAGAGGAAGAGACACAUAGGCAACGACAUCGUUGCUGUUGUUUACCAGGAAGGCCACACCACUUUUCUGUCUGAUGUCAUCAGCUCACACUUCCUGCACUGUUUCCUAGUGGUCAGGAGGGUGAGGAAGGGAGUGGGGGAUGAGGGGGAGGAGGCAGGAGGAGGAGGGGUGUUCCAGAGGUGA